CGCCCCGACUGGGCCAUGCCGGGACUGCGCCGGGACCGCCUGCUGACCCUGCUGCUGCUGGGCGCGCUGCUCUCUGCCGACCUCUACUUCCACCUUUGGCCCCAAGUGCAGCGCCAGCUGCGGCCCCGGGAGGACCCGCCGAGCUGCCCCUGCGCCGGUCGCGCCUCCUCCCCUGCCUCGGACUCCGCCGCAGCGUCCUCGGACUCCGGCCCGGCCGCGCGCAACUUUUCCCAAGCCGGGCCCCAGACUGAGCCGGGCGGCGACAGCCGCAGCGGCCCGGGCUCCAAGCUGCAGGCCCUCUUCGCGCACCCGCUGUACAGCGUCCCGGAGGAGCCGCCUCUCCUGGGCCCCGAAGACUCGCUACUGGCCGGCCAGGAGGCGCUGCGGUAUUACCGGAGGAAAGUGGCCCGGUGGAACAGACGACACAAGAUGUACAAAGAGCAGCUGAACCUCACCUCCCUGGACCCCCCACUGCAGCUCCGACUCGAGGCCAGCUGGGUCCAGUUCCACCUGGGUAUCAACCGCCAUGGGCUGUACUCCCGGUCCAGUCCCAUCGUCCGCCAACUUCUCCAUGACAUGGGGCAUUUUCCCACCAUCAGUGCUGAUUACAGUCAGGACGAGAAAGCCUUGCUCGGAGCGUGUGACUGCACCCAGAUCGUGAAACCCAGCGGGGUCCACCUGAAGCUGGUGCUGAGGUUCUCAGACUUCGGGAAGGCCAUGUUCAAACCCAUGAGACAGCAGCGAGAUGAGGAGACGCCUGAGGACUUUUUCUAUUUCAUUGACUUCCAGAGACACAACGCUGAGAUUGCCGCUUUCCACCUAGACAGGAUCCUGGACUUCCGACGGGUGCCACCAACAGUGGGAAAGCUAGUGAAUGUCACCAAGGAAAUCCUAGAGGUCACCAGGAAUGAAAUCCUGCAGAGUGUUUUCUUUGUCUCUCCAGCCAGCAACGUCUGCUUCUUCGCCAAGUGUCCCUACAUGUGCAAGACAGAGUAUGCUGUUUGUGGCAACCCCCACCUGCUGGAGGGCUCCCUCUCCGCCUUCCUGCCGUCCCUCAACCUGGCCCCCAGGCUGUCUGUGCCCAACCCCUGGAUCCGCUCCUACUCGCUGGCAGGAAAAGAAGAGUGGGAGGUCAAUCCGCUUUACUGCGACACAGUGAAACAGAUCUACCCGUACAAUAGCAGCAACCGGCUCCUCAACGUCAUUGACAUGGCCAUCUUCGACUUCUUGAUAGGAAACAUGGACCGCCACCAUUAUGAGAUGUUCACAAAGUUUGGGGAUGAUGGCUUCCUUAUUCACCUGGACAAUGCCAGAGGGUUCGGACGACACUCCCAUGAUGAGCUCUCCAUCCUCUCGCCUCUCUCCCAAUGCUGCAUGAUAAAAAAGAAAACGCUUCUGCACCUACAGCUGUUGGCCCAAGCCGACUACAGGCUCAGUGAUGUGAUGCGGGAAUCGCUGCUGGAUGAUCAGCUCACCCCCGUGCUCACAGAGCCUCACCUCCUUGCCCUGGACCGGAGACUCCAAAUCAUCCUCAAGGCAGUGGAGGGAUGCAUAGAGACCCACGGGGAAGACAGUGUCGUUGCCGGCGGCCCAGCAGAACAGUCAGCCCCAUACUCUGGCCCGGUUAAAUGGACAAGUUAGGGACCAGAAGUCAGACGUCAGCAGUGGACUCCCAAACGCUGACCACUUCUCCCUUCCACCUACUGAUGCUGCGGGCCAUGAGUCAUGAGCUCAGGAAGGACGUAGGGCACUGGGACUAUUUUAAAACCACAAGUGGGAUCCACUGAACUUGAUCUUUUAUUCUUGGUGAGUGGCUUCUAGAGAGAAUUGCCUUGGCUCCCUUUCCCAGAAAGCACUGACUUCAUAAAGGCCACAGACUAAGCCCUCUGGGAAUCUGGAUAUGGGUCAGGCUUCGAAGUCUUGGAAGCACUGUUCCCAGGACAGUAUUAACUGUAACGAAUAAAAUAAAAGGACAUCAAGUGGCUAUCUAACUGCCCUUCAGAUCCUUAUUGUGUCUACAGGUAAAAGGGUAAUUCCUGGUCCAGAUAAAACACGAUCACCUGGCGUAUCACAAGGAGGCUAAAAAACGGCAAACAGUAACCCGCGAAGUGGAUCAAAUGAGACUUCACACUUUCUACCUAUGUUCCAGUCCUUGUGACCCGAUCUGAAUACAAGAAUCCCACUGACUGAUCUCAGAUGACUUCUCAAAUCCAGCCAUUUCUGUGACAAUGGACUGGUUUUCAAAUGCCCCAAAACAGAAAUUUUGUUGUACUUUACAAACUCACAGUACUGAAGAACUGACCCAAAAAAAAUGCAAUGCCAUCUGACAAAAACUAAGUAUUGGCUGUUAUCUUUUCCCUCCUUCCUCCCCUAAACCAAUCUAGAAGACGAGUUAACUGAAUUUGACCGCAACAAGCAGAAACCCAACCACUCCCAUUGCUGUCAAUUCCAACUCAUAGGGACCCUACAAGACAGAGCAGAACUGCCCCCUAGGGUUUCCAAGGUGCAUCUGAAUUGCCGACCUUUUGGUUAGCAGCCGUAGCUCUUAACCACUAUGACACCAGGGUUUCCACAAUAUUCAGAGUACUUAAAUACAUUAUUCACUUAUCUUUGUGUUAUUUUUUGACUAACAAAAUUGAGGCUCUAUCCUUGAGCCCCAGUGGCACAUUGGUUAAGAGCUCAGCUAACCAAAAGGUCAGCAGUUCAAAUCCACCAGCUGCUCUUUGGGAAACCCGAUGGGACAGUUCUAAUCUGUCCUAUAGGGUCACUAUGAGCCGGAAUCAACGGCAACAGGUUUGGCUUUGGUUUGGUCAUUUGUCAAAAAAUAUCAGAAAACAAAGGAUUCCAUCCCUAGUACUAUCAAUUCUUCCAACAUGUUCAUUUUGAACUAUUGUUCAACUUCCAUGAAAUAAAAAUUCUCCCGUCUCUAUGUAAAACUGUUUCAUGUUGUCAGUAACAACUAAAGAAUCGUACAGUAUGUGAGCUGGUGAGGAGAUGAGUUUGAAGGAAUUUAUCUUAACCUUUUCUAAAGUCAGAAGGACAAUUUGUUAAGUAUGAAGUCGACACAAAGAAAAAAAGACUUUGGAGCUCUAUUAACAGAUGAUACAGAAAGCUCUCCAUCUAGUGGUGGAUUAUAAAAUCACAAAGCUACUCUGAUCAGCUGAACUGGCAGAAUGUUCACAAAAUGAACACAAUUACACUUAUUAGCGGUUUUGCUUUUAGGUGGAGUCCAGAUGAAGUCACAACUGUGAGCUUAUGUUCUAGCUGUUUGUGUACACACUAGCUUCUCUAUCAAAAUUCCAUGGAGUAAGAAGGGAGAUUUAAGGUUCUCCUGCCUUUUGAAUUCCAGGAACUACAGACUUUACUGGUUGGUAGCUACUAUGACAGAAAACUUAGUGGGCAUUUUAACUGCUUUUCCAGCCACUGCUCCUUACAGUCAUUUUAGUCCAUCUAGAAACACACCGCCAGAGUCUAAGAAAAGUACAAAGAGGGUUUAGCUAUAAAUUUGGCAGUACUAAAACUGACAUGCUACUUCAGUUUCAAAAUGUCAAUACUUACAUCAUGAAAAUACAAAAAAAAAAAAAAAAAAAUUCUACAUGAGCCACCAUUUUGGAGGGAGAAUUAAAUGAUAACAAACCAGGGCAGUCAACUCAGUAAAGUCUUCUUUAUAGUCUGUUGUGAUUCUGGAGGCUCUAAUUUCAAUGGGCUGGAGAAAGGAAUCGCUGAACCCAGACAAGGCACACACUGCCACACAGCACAAAUUAAAGAACAUUCUUCCAGAAUACAACACAUCUCCAGCUUCACUGUAUGUGAAAAAACUGGUAUCAAUGUACCAAUGAGUACAACUUCAUCAUCUCAGAAAUCUGAGUAAUAAGCUUCAGAAAUAAGCCUUUAUGUAUGUCACACAUAAAAACAUAGAAAAAAAACAAAUACCUAAAUACAUAUGUUAAAGUUAAACCAAAGAGCACGCCAACCCAGAAACGCUGUUUCCCUAGUAAGUCUAAGAAAGGUCCAAGGCACCAGACCCAGUCUUGUCUUCAACGAAAAGGAAAUUUUUGGCUUUUGAUUUAAUCUUUUCCUUCCAUGACUCCACAGAGAAAUCUGCUACAUCUCAAUUACCCUGUAAAGAAGGUGUGAGAGCCAUUCUUUCACUAACGUGCUGAAGCGAGUAUCACUGAAAAUAAACACAUUACUCUUUUAAAACACUGAUCCUAUAACAUCACUUUUACUUUUCAUUCUCACUCAGCAGAGCAAGUUUUGGGGGGAUGGAGGACACUGAGAAGAGACAGGAGAAAGGGAAGAAAAACUGAUUACAUUUAAGAUUUUAAAUUAUUUAGUUUGUUUUUUUUUUAUUUGACCUACCGUUAAGACAAUCUAUAACAAAAAGAUAGAGUAUAUUAGCACAUACAGUAUAAUCAGACCGUUAGGCAAGAAACAAUACAAAAUGGUCCUUUGGCCAUCUAUACUUUCUAGAGCAGCAGAUUUCAUAAACUCACUCACCGAGCUCAGAAAUAAAGGCUUCUAAAGCCCUGAAUAUCAACUAAGACAAACUAUGCCAUUUGUGAUCGUUACACAUAUGCUUAAGAUUGCACAAAGAUAAAGCUUUAAAUGUAAAUCAUUUUUAAGUUUAGACUUACGUUAAAAUUUCUUAGAUUAAAAACCACAAAAGGGAGUAAACAGCAAGCCGAAUGAUUUAAAGGUCAAACUUAUAUAGAAAGCAUGAUAUGUACCUAAAUAUACAUGAACAUGACUAUAUACAUGUAUGAAACUGUGCAAUUUUAUGGCAUUCUAAAUAACUCGAUUAAGUACAUUUUUGGCAUUUAAACAAAGAUCAAAUUGAGCUUUAAGCUAAUAAGAACAAUUUUUAUUUUUCGCUUUUUAAAUAUAAAAAGAGCAGCUAAACACAAAGUACAGAUCAGAAAGCCCUCAUUCAACAUAUAGAUUAUCCUGAAAAAUAAAAACAUUUGUAACAAGGUGACUUUCUCUCCCACAUUAAAAUGUAAAUAAAACCUCCUCCCCAGACUUCUACACCAACCUGGAGACAACCUGAAGUAUGCCAAUCUGUGAAAAGCUACCACAAGCAAUUUAAAUGACCUGGGAAGGGCAGGAGAGGAGGUUAAUAAUCAGAGCCAGUUGCACACAGAUGGAAAAAUGCUUGCAGUCACUCCCGAAUACACCCCUACAUUACAUAUAAAUCACAGUGGAAAUAAAAGUGCCUACACUAUGGAACAGUGAAAUUUUGUUUAGAAAAAAAAUAAACGGCUGGGUAUCAUUGGUGCACAUGUAAUAAUACCACACACAAGGCUGGAAAAUACUGAAACACAGUUAAGACUCAACACAACUUUCACUUCAAAAAAAUUUUUUUAAAGUUUACUAGGGAAAUAAAUGCUAGAGAGGAAAGCAGACCUUCCACAGGACGGCCUUUCAGACCAACGUGAAACAACAUGAAACAUCCCACCCCAUCCCCAACCCACCAUAAAUCCUAGUUGAUGUAAAAAAGGAGGGGGGAAAAAGGUUAAAAUAUUUCUUCCUAAAUCUCAUGCCCCAAAGAAUGUAACAGGGCGAAGGUCCUGACACUGAACUGUGUCCACCUGACAUUUCUCCUUUAGCACUUCUCUGUCAUGACGUUUGUUCCAUCUGUUUCUACUCCCAGCAAAUCCAAUCUCCUGGAGCCAGAGUUUAGUGAGUGUAGAUUACACUGGAGUCAAAUGAAGUAUGUACGUUCACCAAAAGCUCUAAGUUAACAACCAAGUAUGUAGGCCUCAGAUCUUGGUCUCAAUUCAGCAUCUGGUGAUCGACAUUUGGCACUAGCUGGAUAAAUGUCUCAUCAGAACUUGUGAGAAAAGACAGAUGCAGUUAAAUCGUAACCAAAUCAUAAGCUAAGCUGUGGUUUCAAACGGAAAAAGCAGGUAAAAAUAAGCACAUCUACAGAACUUAAGAAGUGGAGAGGAAACAUUGAUAAUGAGAUAUAAACAAAACCUAGCAAAUCGACCUGACAAAAAUUCUGGUUAAAAAAUAAAAAUAACUGAACAGAUCAUAUCUGAUAAUUUUCAAAAAUGGACAUUUUUCUACCCUUAUAGUUUAAAUACAGGCAGAUGUCUUUCUACUAAGCUUUUUCUAUAUCC